AUGUUGAAGAUCAAUGGAGCUGCUGAGUUGGAGAACCAAGAAACACAGUCAUCAUCACCUGCAUUACCAUUGGAUGGCAGCUUGGAUGCUAGUAACUAUUACUCAUGGGCUCGAUCAGUGAAGAGAGCAUUGAGAAUAAAAAAUAAGCUUGGCUUCAUUGAUGGAAGCCUAUGUGAGCCAACUGACCCAAAUGACCUUCUCAUGGAACAUUGGCUGCGCUGCAAUGAUGUUGUAAUCACUUGGAUGCAAAAUACCAUGGCUCUUGAUAUCAAAUGUAGCACAACAUAUGCAAAAACAGUACAUGAACUUUGGCUUGAGUUAGAGCAACGUUUUGCACAACAAAAUGCACCUCGAAUCUUUGAGAUCAAACAAGCUGUAACUAUGCUGAUGCAAAACCAAGAUGUUGUAAGUGUUUAUUUCUCCAAACUCAAAACUUUAAUUGAUGAGCUUUUGAACUAUGAGACAAUUCCAAGUUGCAGCUGUGGAGGCUUGAAAAUUGUUGUACAAAACCAACAAAGGGAUUGA